AUGGCGCAACUACGGAGCAUGGGGUCAGGAACGGACGUCCUGUCCAUGUCUGCGAAAUCUACAAGAGCCACGCUCCCUCACGUAACAGCUCCUCCUUCAUAUGUCUCGGGCCCCGAAGCAGAGAAGUUGGUACACGCAGAGAUCGAAUGUCUAGUCAAGAUUUCGCACGGCGCGAUCUACUUGCUCAAUGGCUUUCUGGAUCAGAUACUCUACGACAUUUUGUCCAAAUCGCAGUCGACCGCAUUGGGCGCGGUCCGAGCUGCAGUCCCGUUGGUAUUGAGACAAAGAUUGGGACGUGCAGCAAUAAAAGCUGCUGACGAGGAAUUGCAAGACUAUUUGGAAGAAGACGAGCUGGAGAAUAUUCAAACCCACCCUGCUGUCCUUGAUCCCAGAGCAGAAUUCGAUGUUGAGCUUGCCUGGAAACUCACCAGGUUGCGCUGUAUGGUUUAUGCUAAACUGGGAGACAUGGAAGAGGAAGACGAGGAGGACUUCCUGGAGGGCGAUGACGUGAGGGACCAUUUGAACCAAGCGAAAGAGGCGUACAGAUCCUCUGCAAGAAUCUCACCACCCUCUGCAAUCUUCCUAACAACAGUCCUUGAGUUUCUCGCCGAGCAAGCCCUAUGUAUCGCUGCUCAACACGCAAAGAAACGAGCCAUGUACCUCAAAGAUCCAGCUCGAGAGGCGAUUCCAAUCCAGCAUCACCCAGACCCAGAUGGCAUGCUCCUGGAAGAGAUAGAUAUGUCGGGCAUCGGCAAAGAAGGGCCCCUGAUCCGACUCUGGCGGUCAUGGAAGGGCAGUGUGCGAAGUGGUGGCAGCAUGUCCUCCCGUCCUACGACACCCAAUAUCAUGUCGCCGAUAAGCCCAGAGUCUCCCAUGCAAGAAUGGAAGUUCCCCUCCGCUCCAGUAAUCCCUCCGAUCCAGGAAGAAGGAAGCAGAUCCGUUACGCCGGCAAAUGUACCUCUGCCAAUGACCGAACGUGAUGUUGAUGAGAUAGAGGUACCAGGGCUGGCGCCUACUUUCGAGGAAAUCGAGACCAAGGAGCAACGCCCUAUUCCUGGAGACCGAAGGCCCACGAGUAUGCUAAUCAUGCCUGGCCAGUUCCCAAGUUCGGCGUCUACAGAAGAUGUUUCAGAAAGGCCGUCCGCAAGCAGACGGAGGUCAAGAUCGGUGCCUACCUCGCCAAAAACCUUUUCCGGUUCACAGCAGGGGACACAGCCAGGACCUUCCGCCCCUCUUACCAUUCAUGGAUCUAAGGGGCAAACAGGCGCCACGGAGAAAGUAGAAAAUGAUGAUGUUCGACAGCAUGAGGAGCAAGACAGACCUAGUUUGCGUUCAACAGCGAUUGGCGCCACUGUCGCCACCAUCGCUGGGGCACUCAACGUAGAAGCAGCCAAAGCUUUCCGAAGAGGACGACUGAGUUAUGAUUUGACUUCAGCAGUCUCCCCUGAAUCUGCUGGAGAACAAAGAUUGUUAAAUAGCACAAUCGAUGAGCUCGAUCGGAUGAAUAUCCCAAUGCAAGCGCCAACAACUGACCUUGAUGAGGCGCAGGCAGAAUUGGGUGACCCGGAAGAUCUAGCUUUAAGCUUCAGCGAUGAAGGAAGAGGUGAGGCCGGAAAUGAUCACACGAAUCCCAGGGACUCUGGAUUCAGUGUUGCUGGCCCUGUGAACGAAGUUCAUGAGCAUGACCAGGAAGCUGCCCCAGACGGAGACCCGUCGAUAUCCAAUCACCAUGAUUACGAAGAGGCUCAGGCGGAAAGUGUAACCGCCGCCCGCGCCAGUUCGAGGUAUUCGAAUUUGGGAUAUGCGACGAUCUUCCAGACGCCGGAUGCGAGUAUAGGCCACAGCGACCCGAAUGCUACCCGGUUUAAUGACCCUGUUGCGAAUUCACCUACCACACAACCCAACAUGACAUCUGCAUGGCCAGCGGUAAUUCCUAACAGGGGAUCCUCGUUGGACCGGCAGAGGUCCGAACAUUUGCAAACUGAGAUGCGAUUGCCUCAACAGUUGCCGUCAUCCUACCAUUCAUCCGAACAUGAAGAGGCAGCCGAACAACCACAAGAGUUACCCCCACGAUACGCGACCUCAGCCUCGGCCACGCAGAACGGCCGUGCAAGAAGCGGAAGCGCGAAGGACGGAAGACCAUCCACCUCAGGUUCUACGACAGUUAGACGGCAACACAUUCGGCUGCGGUCAGAUAAUGAGGAAGUAAGGCCGCGAGAGGACUUGGACAGGGCAAAGAAGAGUCUUGAUCUUUUGAUUGACAGCGACGAAACGCUCCAUUACACUCUGACGCCUGCGUCUGCCACUGUGGGAGCAAAAGUAAAAGUCAAAAGCCAGACUCAGGAAUUGGCAGACUUCUUCAGAACCACUGCGCCACCCGGAGAAGAAGUCCGCCCAAAGUCGUCUCGUUCUGCGAAAGACGGUCUCCGAGCGAACCCUCCUACUCCAACUACUACCAGGCUGUCUCAGCCCCAGACGCCUGGUCAACAAUCUGCCGGCUCACCCUCCAAGCCGAAGAAUCGUCUGGGCGAACCGCGAGAGGCUAGGAUGGUGCGAAACAAUACACGAGAUCUCGCUGAUUAUGCGCGUUCUACCGGCCCAGAACAUGAGACGCAGCUUCCCAAAUUGCUUAGCCCACGCCCUGCUACUGCUCAAACCAGCCGGACGGAUUUGUCUCUGAGAGAAAAGGUCUUCGGCGUGGACAAUGAGAAUCGCCCUAGCACAACAUCUGGGAAGCCUAUGAGCCGGUUGAAGUACCAGGCCAGAGAUGCUAGGGGACCGCGAACGGCCGAAAGCUCGGAUCUGAUUGAUUUUAUCAGAGAAGGCCCCCCACGAGCUGCCGGAGAACAUCGUAUAGAUCGGAACGUUGCCCCGUUUCGAACAACCAUGGAUUCUGACGAUCUGAACGCGCUAGCCCCUCCACCUGAGCUUGACGCCAAGGGACGCAACUCUGACGGCAGCGCCCAAGAAAGCGCAAUGACGGUCAAAUCGAUGCCUUCAUCCAUGAAUUCGCGCACUGGUUUACUAGAAUCGACGAAUCGUGCGGGCGGAAAGUUCACGAAUGGGUUGGGACCCUCUGCCACUGCUAUAUCGAAACAGCCCGUCAUUCCCGAAACGGACGGCAUGCCAAAGAGGACUCGAACGAAAGUCAAAGAUCCAUACGCGAUUGAUUAUUCCGAUGAAGAAGAUGAAAUGGAAGAGAUAUACGAUCCGCCGAAGCGAAGAACUGGCGAGGAAUCACUUGUUGAUUUCCUAAGAAAUACCGCUCCUCCACCUGGUAUGACGACGCAGCCAAUCCUUGCUGCAAUACCCAACCCUACUCAGCCGGAUCCUGCAAGCAUGGUGAGACAAUCAACGAAUAGCUCCAAGUUGAAAGAUUUUCUACCUGGUGGCUCAGCUUCAUCGGCCAAGAAUAACCCGCAUGCAAGCGGGAACGACGCAACGACCACCACAAGGCCGACCAACGGUGCACGCGCAGAAUCUCCUCACCUCACACAAGUUGGUUCAAAGAUGGACAAAUACAGGCCUACAACAACCACACAUGCUGCGCAUGUAGAGAAAAACAGACAGAAAAUGCGCGUUCAACCGAGAGAUGCUACCACGAAUUUGAAUGGCGGUGGUACUGCAGAUCUAGCUGCGUACCUGAAGAGUUCGGGACCACCGCUAGGCAUGAAUGAGAAGCCGCCACAGAAGUUUGUGGGUUUGGGUCAGAAGGAUCAGGCAGGAUUUCUGAAGUUUUUCCAGCGGAGGGGAAGUGUGAGAAAGUGA